AUGAUCCGAUUCAUAUUGUUACAAAACCGGCAGGGAAAGACCCGUUUAGCUAAGUACUACGUUCCUCUCGAGGAUUCUGAGAAGCAUAAGGUCGAAUACGAGGUUCAUCGUUUGGUGGUCAACAGAGAUCCCAAGUUCACAAAUUUCGUUGAGUUCCGUACGCACAAGGUGAUCUACAGGAGAUAUGCGGGGUUGUUUUUCUCACUGUGUGUUGAUAUAACAGAUAAUGAAUUGGCAUAUUUAGAAUGCAUUCAUCUAUUCGUGGAGAUUUUGGAUCAUUUUUUCAGCAACGUUUGCGAGCUUGAUUUGGUCUUUAACUUUCACAAGGUCUAUCUGAUACUUGAUGAAUUCAUUCUUGCUGGAGAGCUCCAAGAAACAAGCAAGAAGGCGAUAAUAGAGAGAAUGGGGGAACUGGAAAAACUGGAGUGA